CCUGCGUGUACGUUCUGCGUUGCUAUUCCCCGUCUCGUCUGGAAAGUUGUGUAAUCGUGUCGUCUCACAGUAGUAAAUUUGUUUACGAGAGGAGAUCGCUUGUUUACACGAAAUUCAGACGUAUACACUUUUCUCCAAGCAAGGUAUUCAUAUUUUUUGCGAAAAUAUUUGGGAAAAUUAUUUGCACGAAGGUAACCAGAUAAGAGAAGAUAAGAGGGAAAGGUGACACAUUUUUGGGCAGAAAGAGCUAAAAUAAUUCAUUCAUCAUGGGCUUCCGUGACUUUCUCUUCCGCGGGAACCUUAUCCAACUCGCGGUUGCUGUCAUUAUUGGUGUGGCGUUCGGAAACGUGGUGACUGCCCUGACUCAGGGAAUGAUAACUCCACUGCUUGGAAUUUUUGGGGGGCAACCAAAAUUCUCGGAUUACAAGUUUGUCGUUAACGGAUCCGAAUUCCGGUGGGGAUGGGUCAUCGAUAUGCUGAUUACGUUCUUCAUCACGGCCCUCGUCCUUUAUUACGUCGUCGUGGUUCCGAGCGACUGGGUUUUGGCGAAGGUGCAGAAAAAGGAGGAAGACGCUAAUCGAUCGUGCCCUGAGUGCUGCUCGAAAAUCAGCAAGGCCGCGAAACGGUGCGCCUUUUGCACCUCCGUCGUCAUCCCGCCGAGUCCAAAACUGGACGCGAAGGGCGAAGGGGACGCGAUGAUCGCGUAGAAUGUGAAAAUCUGAGGGGGAGAGCUGCUUAUAAAAAUGUGCUUGAAAAACAUCUUUAUGUAGAACAGACUUUGACCUGCUGCCUUUUUCGCGUCAAUUUUUUUUGUAAACUGUGUAAAAGAUUUUGGGGAGUUGAAAUGGGGAAUGAAGUUGUGAAACUUUAAAAAAUUGGGAUAAAAUUUCUUGCAUUUUUUGGUUUAAAGCCUGCAAAAAAGAAAAUUAUUGUAAACUUAAGAUUUUGCAAGGUUUGCGAAAUUUUAUGAAAAUCAAUCAAUUUUAAUCGAUUGUUUACAAAAAAUUAGCACGUAGAUGUAUCUUAAUUUUUGGGCGAUCAUGAAUUUACUAAAUUCUUAAUCUUGUUGCACAGUUUGCAAAAAGGAUGACGUGAAAAUAUACUCAAAAUUUUAAUUGGGGAUGAAAAUGCCUGCUUUAUGCACUC